GUGCACCGCUCAGUGAAUAAGAGCAUUACCUAAUCCCAUGAUGCAUUGCGAUGGGCGGGUGGGGUUUUUUGAGUGCUGGAGCCACGCCCACCAAGCUCGUGUGGACCAGUGAGCUCUGCUUGACAUGACAUCAUCUUUAUUUUCAGUGUGCGAGCUGCGCCGUGCCUCCAGGAGAGACAGGAGAGAGAGAGAAAGGAAAAAAAAAAAACCACACCAAGAAACUUUGUUUCCACGUCGGAAGAGAGGAUGUUUCAGGAUUUUAAAGGACAACUUUCCUGGAAAAGUUGUUUUUGUUUUAAUGAACGGAUGCAACAGUGAUCAGGUUUGAAGGUUGAACUUUUGAUUUGAACUUUGGUUUGGUUUUACGCACACAUCCUCCUCUCUUCCCACGCCUCCUACUUUUUUAUUUACUAAAAAAAAUGGAUGGAUUGUUUUAUAAUGAAGCUCUGGAUGGUGUUUUAAACCAUCACCACCACCACCACCACCAUCAUCGUGGAGAACCUGGAGAGAACGGAUACCAAACCCUGACGCGCAACCUGAGCCUGAACCUCUCCGACGCGCCUGAUGCGCUCAUGCUCACAUCCCCCGACCUCCACUUACUCAAACUGAGCUCGCCCGAGCUGGAGAGACUCAUCAUCCAGUCCUGCAACGGCUCAGCUCCUGCAUCCGGUCCGGCGCGCGCUCCAAAACACACCACGGACCAGCAGGAUGCGUUCGAUGCCCUGGCUGAGUUUCAGCACCACCACCACAGGAUCUCCAGUAACCCUGAUGAUGUCCCACCACUUACAGGAUCUACAGGACCGUCUCAUGCCUGCACCGGAUUCGCAGAACAUCUCGACACCACGUGGGUGGACGCCGUGUACACCGCCGACCCGUGCGCGCCCCCUCAUCAUCCUCCUCCGCAGUUCGGCUGCGCGCCGGCGCUCAAGGACGAGUCGCAGAAAGUCCCCGAGACGCCGCCGCUGUCUCCGAUCGACAUGGAGGAUCAGGAGAGGAUCAAAGCCGAGAGGAAGCGCAUGAGAAACCGCGUGGCUGCCUCCAAGUGCCGGAAGCGGAAGCUGGAGCGGCUCGCGCGGCUGGAGGAGAGAGUGAGCCGGUUAACGGGGGAGAACGGAGAGCUGCGCGGCGCCGCCGACACCCUCCGGGACCAGGUGGCGCAGCUCCGACAGCAGCUCCUGGAGCACAUCAAGAGCGGCUGCAAACUCCUCAGCCAGCAGCUGCAGACUGUCAAAGAGUUUUAAAGCCGCGAUCCGGGACUUUUUUUUUUUUUGGAGAGAUCUCUACUUCAACACUUCAUCAGUGAGUUCAGAAAGACAGUACCUUAGAAACCCUAACAUGCGAGGUGUUUUUUUCCCUUUCACUUCAGACUUCUGUUUACGUUAUUUUUGUUCCAUUUAUUUCUGGCCCAGAAAUGAGUUCCACCCCCAGCUGGAUCAGAGACUUCUUUCAUGCUUUUUUCAUUCUCUCUUUUGCUUUUCUUGCCUUGCUUUUCACACCUUUUUCUUUUUCACAACUAACUUUCGCUUCUUUCUCUUGCACCUUUUUCUUUCUCUUGCUUUUUUCACACCUUUCUUUUGCUUCUUUCUUGCCUUGCUUUUCACACCCUUCUCUUUUUUCGCACCUUUUUCUUUCACAACUAACUUUUGCUUCUUUCACAACUUUCUCUUGUGCCUUUCUCUCUUUUUCGCACCUUUUUCUUAACUAACUUUCG